AUGGAAGCAAAGGUAGGUGAAAAACCUUCAGGUAAUCCCUCUAGUAUUUCGUCUGGUUCAACUCCUGUCACUGAGUAUAAGGAAGGAACACACUAUAUUGAUCGUGUUAUAAGAGACAUAGUUACUAGAAUCCUUAAUGAAGGCCACUCUGUGAAGGGGGUUUCUACUCCCCUUGCUCAAAUGUAUCCCCCUCCUGAGGUUGAACAACCUAGUGGUAAGGGUGAUGAUUCCUCUAGUUCUGAAAAGGACUUGGCUGCUGAAGGGUUACGCUCUCUAGGGCAAACAGUGUUUGACAAAGGGAAAUUUGUGGCCUCUAACACGACUAAUGCUUUCCACUCUGAGAAGCAUGAUGACGCAAAUGUUGUGAUUGAUCUAGAGGAUGGUAGCUCUGAUGAUCAAGAGGAAAGCUUGAUUCAUCACAUAAAUCCAAGUGUGGCUAAACGCAUGAAGACUCACAAAGGAAAAUUUAUGGUUGAACUUAUGUCAGCCAGAAAAGCUAAGAAGAUUGUUGUCAUUGGUCCCUCCAAACCAUGGAGCAAGGUUGAAAUAAAGAAGAGGAAGGUCAGAGAUGAUUCUGAGCCUGAAGAGGAUGUUGAGGAAGAUGUCCCUGACAUCUCGCCUGUGAAGAAAACUACUGUUAGGAAGUCUCCUGUUAAAGUACCUGUUGUUAAUUUGGAUAACAUCUCCUUCCAUCUUGAGGAUGGAGUUGCUAAGUGGAAAUUUGUGAUUCAGAGAAGGGUAGUUGUGGAAAGGGAAUUGGGAAAAGAUGUUGCUGAUGUCAAGGAGGUCAUGGAUCUGAUAGAAGUUGUUGGGCUUUUGAAGAAUGUUGUUGGGUUCUCUCAAUGCUACGAAGGUUUAGUCAAGGAAUUUGUUGUUAAUAUUCUUGAGGAUAUUUCUGAUAAGAACAACAAGGAGUUCUGUAAGGUGUAUGUGAGGGGUAAGUGUAUAACAUUCUCUCCUACUGUUAUUAAUAAUUUUCUAGGCAGAAAUAAUGAGGGUGCAGGAGAAUUAGAGGUUACAGACAAUCAGGUUAAGGGUGAAAAUGUUGAACAUGCUAAUGUCAGCCAUGAAGAAGAAGCUGAAGCCCACACCUCUAGUGAGAGGGCUGCUAACAAUGAUGAUGCGAGUGGCAAUUCUGCUUCUGGUGCUGCUGAAGAGGCUGCAAACGCAAGCUCUACUGAGUAG